AUGGCCGCCCCUUUUUCAAGGAUGAAUCUCUCCCAAUCACAAGGCGCAGCGAGGUUUAAUGUCUUGGUCACCCUGGACCUUGGCACCGUUAGCACUCGCGUCGUCAUUAAACACAGUGAAGGCAUCAUGUCUAAGGUUUUUGCCUCUCAUGGUUAUCCUUUCGAUAAGCAUGUCUCCGUGUACAUUGGCGAAGAUCACGCGUCCGACCGCGAAUCAGUUUCGCUUAAGUAUGCAUUCUACAUCCUUGCCAAUGCUUCGGAUGGGUUCGUGGAUCAAUACCCCAUGCUACAGAGGCUCCGUCAAGAGGACAGCGAGACAUUCCGUCAGAAACUUCGGAUCGGAAUUUUGCAGUUGUUGUGGACAGUCCGCUACUGGAUUUUCGAAGACUUUCGCAAGCAUUGGGUGAUUCGUCGCCUCUCGCUUACCAUGCCGGCGCAAUGGGGUUUAAGGUUUGAAGGUGUUUUUCGGGCUCUAAUCGGAGAGGUCUUUCAGUGGGACACGACGAUGGUAAGAGACAAAGUCGGCUUCGUUAAGGAGGCCGAUGCCCUAACUCAUUACCUUGUGAACACACCUGAGUACCUUAACAAGGUUAAAGCACCGAACUCUAAUCAAGUGUGGCUGGUCCUUGAGUUCGGCGGACAUAACCUGAACGGAUCCCUGUUUUGGGUGAAGCAUAACGAACAGGGACCGCCGCAGUAUUUUAGACUGGGAGAAUCAUUUGGUGUUGGCAGCGGCAGUGAGCACAUCCUUCACAACAUCUUGGCCGCUUGUCCAGCCAAGUGCCUUAACCAGAGUGCCGGCCCCGGACAUCUGAUGUGUCCUGCUGUCUCCGAGCAAAUUCGCGAGGCAUUCACUGAUCCCCGCAUCAGAGGAGACUGGGGCCCUGCCCAGGAGGGAGAGAAUCCCAAACUGUUCUCUUUCGGUGUGCCCCUGUGGGAGGAGCAGGAUUUUCUCUUGUGCACGUUCGACCAGGCCGAGAUCACUCAGACUUGGAACGACGCUCAUAAAGCCGCCUUUGAGCUUGUCGAGAAGCAACUCAAGAACCUCAAGAAGAGGACCACAGAGACCAAUCACCCUCACAUUGUCCCUGAGCCAGUGAUCUUCAUUGCCGGAGGUAGCAGCAAGAACAAGCCCUUGAAGCGCAAGCUGAUGGCUAUGGUCCAAGAGGCCAACCUCCCCGCUCCGGUCUUUCUUGACUAA